AUGGUGAUAUCAAGAGAAUAUCACGAAGGGCUCUACUACCUUCAAGGCAAGGUCACUAAGGCUGAAGUGAAGGUGCCAAGGGAAGAGAAGGUGAGUACAGAAGCAAGGAAGCUCGGGAAAGGAGCAGAAAAAUCGGUUAAGGGAGCUGAAAAGAAGAAGUCAAGGAAUGUGACUUUCAGCAGGAAUCUAAUUCAAGGACCAACUCCUUAUGGCUAUAAGUGGAAGGGGUCAGUAGCUCAAGGUGGAGACUCUUCUAUGACAGGAAAGUCAGGAGAGAAUGAGUCUAAGGUAAGCAGUGAAGAAUCAGGAGAAGAACCGAAGGUAGCUAAAGGGGACAAAGGGAAGACCAAGAAGAAGUCUUCAAGAAGGAGGAAUCAGAAGCUUGAUGGGUUCAAGAAGGAUUCCAGGUGUUGCAUUAGUAGUUCCUCAGGCUCAGAGAAUGCAACGGGCUUAGAUGAGAUUGAAGCAGCCACAAGGUUCCUGUUCGAAGUGAGUGAAACAGAAUAUGAGUCUCUCAUAAAAGCAGAAGGAUCUACCCAAGAUCAGAAGCAUGCUAGGAGUAAGCAGUGA